AUCAGCGGUUGUGUCACCAGCAGCGAUACUAUAGACGGCUGUUCUAUGUUCAAUGAUACAACCAUGUGUCCAGCCCCUGCCACAUCUACUCCCAGCAACUCUGUCUCAGAUACCACCGUACAGCCGACUGUUGUGUACAGCCAGGCCAGGUUUAACCUGUCCAGUUUCAUCGGGGGCAUUAUUCUGGUGCUGUGUCUGCAGGCUGGGGGCUUCUUUGCUAUGAAGUUUAUGAAGGCGAAGGACAGCAGCUACGAGACCAUAGAGCAAGUCCAGUAGAAGCCCGGGGAUGGUCUGAAACACCAAACAAGAAAAGAUUGGAUAAUUUGGGGGGUGGGGGGGUGUUAUCAAACAAAUGAGGGGGGAACAGCAACUUUACUGUGUUGAUUUGGGAUUGAAAGUGUUUGCCGAAAGAAGAGCAUAUACAACAUCAUCUCCACAAUGCGUUUGACCCAGGGAUGUGAGUGCGGGAGCUUCUAGUGGGAUGUGUGAGAGAGUGUGUGCGUGAAUUGAACGGGAAGGGGCGGGGUCUGUGUGUCACUGCAUAUGCUGCUGUGGAUGGCCUCUCUGCCUACUUCAAUUCAGGCGCUGGAUUUCAUUCGGGAAGUGUGAGAUCUGGACCUCCUUUUCCCUUAUUUUGGCUCAGCGCAUCUGGAACCGGCGUUAGGCUACAAUCCGGGAAUAUGCCUCCAGCUGCUCAGCAUCAGCUAACAUACAGCUGCCCAUCCCAGCAAUGGGUGCUCCUUCAGUGUGCGUCUUUAAUUGCCCUACUUCUUUGUAUGCAUUCGAUGGUCAGGCAGGGUAUUUAACUGAGUUUCCUCCACAGUUGUAUAUGCAUUAAAACCUCCUACCACUUGACGGCUUGGUUUGUGUUAUUCACAAGUUGUGUGGUUCAUUUAUUACAGGGAUAAUAGGCUGUUCGAUGUGAUAAUUCAGUGUCUUGUCUUAUCUUUGAUAUGACUUUGUUUUGUUUUCUUGUAAAAGACAAAGAAAAGAAUCAAACAGCACUGGGGUAUUCUGAACCAUGCAGUUCAUCAAGGGCAUUCGGUUGGUUAAGUUACGGCUGUUUACGUGUUGAUUUAAUGUGGGUUUGAGUUUCAAUCUGUCUUUGACUACUGUAAUGGCGGAUGCUUUACAGUGAGCUAAAAGCGGCGAGUCUCCGAUCAAAUUACAAUUAUAAAUCCCACGACCGCCGGGCUCCUGUGUGUGGGUUCCCACAGGCUAAUGGCUCCGUAAUUGAGUAUGCUGUGACAAGUGACCUCGACUGUUACACGUUUAUGAUUUUUUUCAGGUGUUCCCUGUUUUGACAUUAUACAAAUAAAGCAUGCGGUUUUAUUCCA